AUGCAACUCGGCCUUUCAGACACUCUGCCUGCUCUGGUAGCAAAGCGCUUCACAGCUGCUCGAGAUGCCGGCCAUCUCGUAUUCUCCCCAACCCAUCUCUCGAUCAUCAAUGCUGCAGGGAUAUCGUAUCAACUGCGCUACUGUCCUGCUCUUGCGAAGAAACCAUCCAACCUGAAACCCGACAAUGAACCGAAGACACCAAAGCCCGACCCCUUCGAGAACCCAACCCCAGAACUGCUGAUCGCCCAGAUCCCGCCGGAGAACCCUACCUACAACCUCAUCCUCAACAAGUUCCCAGUCAUCCCGAACCACUUCCUUCUCGUGACGAGAGACUGGUAUGCGCAGACGGAUAUCCUCGAUAAGACAGAUCUUGAAGCUACAUACGAGUGCCUCAAGGCCUGGAACGCCGAUGGCUCGUCUUCCAAGAACCUCUUCGCCUUCUUCAACUCCGGCGAUGAUAGCGGCGCGAGCCAGCCGCACCGUCACCUUCAGUUUUUGCCUGUUGAAGCGAUGCGCCAGCCUGGCUCGGAGUCUUGGCACCCGCUGAUUGACAUCCUCACUUCCCAACCCACCUCGCCCGGCCCGUCGUCAACACCCAAGUUCCAGCACCUGUCAGGACUCCCUUUUUCCCAUUUCGCCCUUCCACUACCAUCCAAUCCCUCCGCCGAUGACCUACACUCCAUUUAUCUCACGCUCUACAAAGCCGCUGCCGCCGCGACACGUGGACAAUCGCCCAGCGAAGAUACCGAGCAACCUGCCACAGCAGGACCGGCAUCAAUAAGCUACAAUCUUGCCAUGACCCGCUCUACGAUGAUGAUCUGCCCACGCAGACAGGAGACGGCGCUUGUCCCGGUUGACUCUGCGACCGCACGCGAUGUGGUUGAUCCAGGCGUACUUUCGCUCAAUGGCACUAUCCUUGCUGGGACGUUGAUGGUCAAGGCCGAGGGAGAAUGGGACUCCUUGCGGGAGAACCCGGAGCAGUUGACGCAAGUACUUACCACCAUUGGGUAUCCUCGCACGGAUUCUCGUGGGCCGUCGCUAUGA